CAACGCACACACACACACACGCGGCACACAGCAGCAGCAGCCAGUCAGUCACACUAUACCGCCUCAGUCUUCCCUCGGCACAGUUGAGAGGAGUGUCAGGAUUCUGGAGCCGCCAGAAUGGAGCGUGUAAUGUCUCCAGUGAUGUGGUGAUUUUCUCUGAAUCUGAGCAGUCGGUCUGAGGAUAGUUAGGAAGCACACUGGCUCUGUCUGCGUUGUUGCAGCAAGAUCUUUUGAAUACAUACCAGCGGCAUCAGGACCAUUCUCUCUCUGUGAUUGGAUAGACAGCCUGACGGUUGAAACUCAACAUGCCAGUGGCGUCACCGCCAGACUGCAGACUGUAACCAUGGGCAACGUGGAGAGCCAGAACGGCGACCGUGCCUUCUACGGCACCCAACAUGUCCACCUGUCCCGUAAACACAUGUCUCGAUCUCUCCGCAUCUCCAACAAGCACCAUCAGUCCCAGUCCAGCUCUGGUUCCACCUGCCGUUCCCGUGACUGUCACGCCUCGCAAGUCAAAGUAGAUCACUGUAACUCUGAGACCUCCACGCGUUCCAGCAGCACACCUAGUAUCCCACAGUCCUUAGCGGAUCACUCCCAGGAGCCCUUCAACCAGACCAAUGUCCUGUCAGACUUCUCCUCUCCUAUCUGGGUGGACCGCAUGGCCAUGAACCUCCGGCCCGUCUCCUUCCAUACCCGCCUAGACAACCCGUCUGUAGGGCUCCAUCUAGACGCAGCGUCUCAUAGGGCUGGCCCCCACGAACCCCAGGGUCUACAGGACAGAGGACUAGGCCUAUACAGUAACACGGGGGAGAUGACCUACCUUCAGAAGACCAGAGACGGACCCAGGGAACCCCGAGAGGUGGUCAGCUUCAAGAAGAAGAGAUCCAAAUCAGCCGACAUGUGGAGAGAAGACAGUCUGGAGUUCAGUCUGUCAGACCUCAGCCAGGAACACCUCACCAGCACAGAGGAGAUCAUCGACACGGAGGAGGCAGAGGACUUCCCUGAUUGUGACGGCCUGCUGGGGCUCGUGUCCCCUGAGGGUCUGGAGGCAGUAGGCCGGGCCAACUCCCUUGACCAGCUCUACGGGGGUCAGAAGACAGCGACCCGCCGGCCCGCUGGACACUACGCUAAGUGGCACCAUGACGCUAACCGCUCCGCCCGGGAGGGUGAGAAGAUGGUGUCUCCGGAGGAGGAAGAGGAGGAUGAUGGGAACUCGUACGGAGCUUAUACUCUGCCCUGCCGACGCUCACACUGCCUGUCUGAGGGGCUAACCAAUCACCGGGCUGCCACCUGCUCCACCAUGCAGGGACGCAGGGCACAGACCAUACAGGAUGUGACUGCCGGAGAGGGCAGUGAGUACGAGGACAGUGGCAUUGACGGGGUGACGGCGUCGGGGGCGGAGCAUCAGUCCCGGCGCUAUAAAAACAUUUCUAUGUCCUUCUCCGUGUGCUCGGCGGCGGGGCGGAGCCUGUUCGCUGGCAGUGACAGCGGAAGCAGCAGCGGGGGAGCGCCCAGUGAGGGGGUCCAGGGGGUCUACGAGAACUUCAGACAGGAGUUGGAGAUGAGCUCGUGUCAGACAGAGAGUCUGGAGGAGGCGGGGUCAGCCCUGAGUGACGAGCAGAGCACCAUGAGUUCAGCCUACCAAUCAGAUCCCCUGCACAGCGUUGUCCAGGGAACCGUGCGGAAGGCAGGCCGGCUGGCCGUCAAGAACUUCCUGGUUCACAAGAAAAGCAAGAAGGUGGAGUCAGCCACCAGGAGGAAGUGGAAGAGCUACUGGGUCUGCCUCAAAGGAUGCACUCUCUUCUUCUACAAGACGGACGGACGGUCGGGGAUCGACCACAACAGUGUUCCUAAACAUGCGGCGUGGGCUGAGAACAGUAUCGUACAGUCCGUACCUGAACACCCCAAGAAGGACUUUGUCUUCUGCCUCAGCAACUCUCUAGGGGACGCAUUUCUCUUCCAGACCUGCAGCCAGACGGAGCUGGAGAACUGGAUCACGGCCAUCCACUCGGCGUGCGCGGCGGCGGUUGCCAGGCAGCAUCACCGGGAGGACACGGUGCGUCUGUUGAGGGCGGAGAUUAAGAAGCUGGAGCAGAAGAUAGACAUGGACGAGAAGAUGAAGAAGAUGGGAGACAUGCAGCUCAGUGCUGUGACCGACGCCAAGAAGAGGAAGACCAUACUGGACCAGAUCUUUCUGUGGGAGCAGAACUUGGAACAGUUCCACAUGGGUCUGUUCCGGUUCCGCUGUUACCUGUCCAGUCUGCAAGGAGGGGAGCUGCCCAACCCCAAACGCCUGCUAGCCUUCGCCUCCAGACCCACUAAACUGGCCAUGGGACGCCUCGGAAUCUUCUCUGUGUCGUCCUUUCAUGCUCUGGUGGCAGCCCGUACAGAGAGCGGGGUGAGGAGACGUACCCAGGCUAUGUCUCGUACCUCCUCAUCCAAACGUAAGAGCAGGUUCUCCUCUCUGUGGGGCCUGGACACUACUUCCAAGAAGAAGACCAAAGCCCACCCCACCAUCAACCAGGUCUUUGUUGAUGGGGAGGAGCCAGUGAAAAAGCCUCUGGACGGGAUCUAUGAUGUGGACACUGCCAGGGAGAGCGUGAAGAGUCACGAGGGGACAGCGAAGAGCCUUCCUCAGGUCAACUCAGACAGUCACAUGACAGACGGUGAUAUCUGGGUGCCUGACCACCUGACCCCGUCCUGGGUGUGUCUACCUAACGACCAGCCUGUCCUCGUCAUCAUCCAGCCUGGAGAGUCUGCUCUGGAUGUUCUGGAGACCAUCUGCAAGGCCCACCAGCUGGAUCCCACCAAACAUUUCCUGCGUCUCAAGUUCCUCAUGGAUAACCAAGUCCAGUUCUUCAUCCCUAAACCUGACGAGCAGCUGUGUGACUUGCUUUAUAAAGAGAUAGAGCUGGGCUCCAAAAUAACCAAAGUCAUCCAGUUCGACAGGGAUGAGUCCUGUAUGAUUGGUUACGGGUUCUCCAUCUCAGUGGUAGAGGAGGAUUCGGUGCAGCAGCUCUACAUAACCGAUGUGAAGGCGGGAGGAUUGGCCUUCGCUAGAGGUCUGAAUGCAGGCGAUGAGAUCUUGCAGCUGAAUGGGAAGGACUCGAGCAGUCUGAACUUCUCAGACAUGAAGGAGGCGUUCUCCCAGGCUUCUCUGUCCCUGACCGUCAACACUUUGCCCUCUACGGACCGACGACAGAUCUGUUACCUGCCCCCCCGACGCUCUGACGCACAGGAAGACCUCCACACAGACAUCUUCUCUAUGAACCAGGAGGAGAUUCUGGAUGACGGGAUGGGUCUGAUGCUAGAUAGUUCCGGAGACAGCCUGGACGACGACUCUGAGAUCUUCAGCGAGGCAGACCAAUGCAGAAAGAGUACAGAGCAGGUCGCAGCAUUCUGCCGCAGUCUCCAUGACAUGAAUCCGUCUGAGUUUGCCACGACCUCCACGUCCCCCAGCCUGGACUCGCCUUUCCGUCCCACCGGCACCGCCAGCCGCCAGCUCUCCGACGCCGACAAGCUACGCAAAGUAAUCUGUGAGCUGGUUGAGACAGAACGCACCUAUGUUAAAGAUCUCAAUUGUCUCAUCGGGAGGUACUUAACCCCGCUGCAGAAGGAGACGUGCCUCACUCAGGAUGAGCUGGACAUUCUGGUUGGGAAUCUGCCUGAGAUGGUCGAGUUCCAGGUGGAAUUCCUGAAGACUCUAGAAGACGGGACCAGAUUGGUUCCAGACCUGGAGAAGCUGGAGAGAGUGGACCAGUUCAAGAAAAUCCUCUUCUCUCUAGGAGGUUCCUUCCUGUACUAUGCAGACCGUUUUAAGAUCUACAGUGCGUUCUGCGCCAGCCACACCAAAGUCCCCAAGGUGCUCGUAAAGGCUAAGACCGAUGCAGACUUCAAGGCUUUUCUGGAAGAGAGGAACCCUAAACAGCAACACUCCUCAACCCUGGAGUCCUACCUGAUCAAACCCAUCCAGAGAGUCCUGAAGUACCCACUACUACUGAGAGAGCUGUACUCACUGACUGACCCGGAGAGUGAGGAACACUAUCACCUGAAUGUUGCUAUGAAGGCCAUGAACAAGGUGGCCAGUCACAUCAAUGAGAUGCAGAAGAUCCACGAGGAGUUUGGGUUGGUGUUUGACCAGCUUAUAGCAGAGCAGAGUGGAGACAAAAAAGAGGUUGCUGAUCUGUCGAUGGGUGACUUGCUGCUCCACACCAGCGUAGCCUGGAUCAACCCUCCCUCCUCCCUGGGCAAAUGGAAGAAAGACCCCCAACUGGCUGCAUUCAUCUUCAGAACAGCCGUGGUGUUUGUGUGUAAGGACGGAUCCAAGCAGAAGAAGAAAAUGGGUGGCUCCCAUCGAGUGUCGUCCGUCUCGUCUGAAGACAAGGACCCAUUCCGCUUCCGUCACAUGAUCUCCACAGACACCCUCCAAGUCCGAGCCCUCAAUAUCCAAGAUGGAGAGGGCUCUGCCGUGUGUGAGAUCGUCCACAUCAAGUCCGAGUCAGAAGGACGGCCGGAGAGGACAUUCCACCUGUGCUGCAGUUCUGUGGACUGUAAGAAGGACUUCCUGAAGACAGUCCACUCCAUCCUAAGAGAUAAACAACGACGUCAACUGAUGAAGACAGAGUCUCUACCUCCCAACCAGCAGUAUGUCCCCUUCGGAGGCAAACGCCUCUGUGCCCUGAAGGGAGCCAGACCUGCCAUGAACAGAGCAGUGUCAGACCCGGCGAGGACCCUGGGCCGGAGGAAACUGGUGAGGAACCGUUUCACCAUCGACACAGACAUCGUCUUCGACAGCGAGCCGGACCAGGAGUCCCUUCUGUCUCCACUGUCUCCUGAAGAGCCUGAGGGACAGGGACAAAGGGAAGGACAGGGAAAGGAACGGGGGGAGGUGCAGGCAGGGGAUACAGACCGCUGGGUGGAGGAGCAGUUUGACCUGGAGCGCUACGAGGAGGAGCAGGAGGCGCAGAAGGAGACAGAGGUGAAAGGAGGAGGAGACGUGAAACAAACAGAGAUCCUUAGUGGUGAUGAGGAUUUCUGCCUGUCUGUCAAUGGACCCUCCACUGAAUCACUGUCCAACACAGACCUAGAGGGGCCUGUAGGGGCCCUGUCCCUGGGAGCCAUGGAGACCACCACACCAGGGAUGAGACUUUCCCACCUGGGGAAGCAGUGUGACCUAGCUGGGAUGAGUGUGGAUGACCAGGGGGCUAGGGAGGAAGGUGAGGACAUCUGGCUACGCAGGGAGAACUGUCCUCUGGACUCUGGUGCUCAGACACUACAGAGAUAGACUACAAGACCAGAAGACAGUUACAGACAGUGUGUUUCACCACUCAGACAGAGAGCUUUACAUGAGUUACAAAUGGCACCCUUUUCCCUGUUUGGGGCCCAUAAGGCUCUGGUCAAAAGUAGUGCACUAUAUAGGGAAUAGGGCCCUGUCUAAAGUAGCACACUAUAUAGGGAAUAGGGUUCUAUAAGGCCCUGGUCUAAAGUAGUGCACUGUAUAUGGAAUAGGGUUCUAUAGGGCCCUGGUCUAAAGUAGUGCACUAUAUAGGGAAUAGGGCUCUAUAGGGCCCUGGUCUAAAGUAGUGCACUAUAUAGGGAAUAGGGUGCUAUUUGGGACGCAUACAUGAGCUUCAAGAGAUGAUCAGUGAACAAUCAAUCAAUCAAUCAAUCCCCACCCGUCAUUAAUACGCGUGCGUAGAUAUGCAUGGCACAGCUUCUUCAAACUGCUAUAUUGCCUCCUUGUCAGUGUACUUGAAUGCCUUGUUGUGUACAGAUAGAGUGGUGAAGCUCAAACUGAAGCCCUCCAAUGGGAGCAAUACUGGAAUACAGGGAGAGGGGUCUUAUCGAAUCAACCAAUCAUACGGAGACAUGGAGGGGUCUUAUCCAAUCAUAUGGUGAUGUGGAUGCCAAACUGUGAGAAGACUGACUGGCUGGCUGGCUGGCUGGCUGGCUCACUGUCUGACAGUACGAUCAUGGACCCUAAUCAAUACUAUUGCUUGGCAUGGUUUGCACAUUGGGGCAGAUUCCAGGGGUACUAUAGGUUCCUGUCCAUUGUCGUCAAGUGUGCGUAUUUGUUUUGAACACAUGAAACGCAACAUUAUGACUAUAACUACUGUUCCAAGAAGGAGGGAAAUGAGGUACAACAUACUAUGGGGGAGUCGCUUUUCGGGUGAAGGUUCUAGAAUCACGCCUGACAAGGCCAAUUACAUCAUCUCCUUGCUGGAAGCCACGCCUUCCACAGGUGAUAAGUGUGAGGCUCAGAUUAAUUUCUUCAAUUUAAUACCGCUCUUCACCGAGCCCUGGAACAGGCGGUGCUGGGCCAAACAGGUGUUUUACCUCGUUUCCCUCCUUCAGAAAACACUAGUUAUAGUCAUAACGUUAUGUUCCCUUCCAGUCAGUCAACUUUGGUACAACAUACUAUGGGGAAAUAUAAUCCCUCCCCAAGCCAACCCUAACUGAUACUAAAUGUACCUGACCAGAUGUGUCAGUCUGGGUAUUACGCACAAGGUGUGCGCUGCCUAGUGACUUUCCCUUGUCCCAGCCGUAAGCACACUGUGUGACAUCCAAGCGAUAAAACCUCACAAGUGUGUGGUGAUGCCCAACUAUCUCCUAGAACAUUUGCAGCCAUCUACUUCCUUAUGUCUGAAACACAGGCUUCCAGCGAGGGCAAUUUUGGGGCUUCACCAUGUUUCAUUGAAAUGUACAGCAGUGUGUCGUCCGCAUAGCAGUGAAAGUUAACAUUAUGUUUCCGAAUGACAUCACCAAGAUGUAAAAUAUAUAGAGAAAACAAUAGUGGUCCCAAAACGGAACCUUGAGGAACACCAACAUUUAC